AAGGAAGGAACCUCAAAAGCUUACCAAAAGUAGAAGAAGAACUUUUUUGAUCUCCGAUUCUUGCCUCCGCCAUCGCCAGAUUAUAGCUGAAUCAAGGAUCUUGUUUUGGAUAUAAACCGGAGAGAGAGAUGGGAGCAUUCAUGUCGAGGUUUUGGUUCAUGAUGUUUCCUGCAAAAGAGUAUAAGAUUGUUGUUGUUGGUUUGGAUAAUGCUGGUAAAACGACGACGCUUUAUAAACUUCACUUGGGUGAAGUUGUUACUACUCAUCCUACUGUUGGUAGCAAUGUUGAAGAGCUUGUCUACAAGAAUAUCCGCUUCGAGGUUUGGGAUCUUGGUGGGCAAGAUAGGCUAAGAACUUCAUGGGCAACAUACUAUCGUGGAACACAUGCUGUGAUUGUGGUUAUCGAUAGCACAGACAGAGCCAGAAUCUCUUUCAUGAAAGAUGAGCUCGCCAGGAUACUUGGUCACGAGGAUCUUCAAAACUCGGUCAUUCUUGUGUUUGCAAACAAACAGGAUCUGAAAGACGCGAUGACUCCUGCUGAGAUCACGGAUGCACUUAACCUUCACAGUAUUAAGAACCAUGAUUGGCAUAUUCAAGCAAGUUGUGCAGUUACUGGAGAAGGAUUGUACGAUGGGCUUGGUUGGAUUGCCCAAAAAGUUACCGGUAAAGCCACGAGUUAAGGGAAAUCGGAGAGCGUACUAUUCUUCUUUGUGUCUUUUGUCUGCUUCAGCUGUUCUUUAACAUUGUAUCCUCUGACUUUUAUGUAACAAGGUUCAACUAUUUUGGUUGCUUUCAUUGAAACUGUGUCCAGAAUUUCAUAUAUGAAAGAAAAGAAUCUUGUUUUA